ACUGUGGUGUUAAAGCAGAUUGUGUUGGAACACAGGCAGUUCUUUUUCAAGCCAGUCAGUGUUUUGUUGUGUCUAAAGGUGACAUUUUGUUUUAACAUUUCAUAUAUUUGAUGAAUUUAGACAUUCAACAUAGCUUUAGAUCAUUAUCAAGAGUAUUUAUUACCAUUGCGGUCUUUAGUGGAGGAACUCAAGAAUUUCAACAGCGUGGUUGUUUAAGGACUCAUCCUGCACAUGCUGUGCACUGACUUACUGUGACGCAGUCAGCAAACGCUCACACAUAGUAUGUUCAUGUGUGUGCAUGCUAGUGUGAUUGCAAAACACUUGCUGUAGGAUGUGGUUUGCCUCCUGCAACAACUUCAUGCCGGAAGCCCCGCAUCUUCUAUCAAACUGUAAUUCACUAAUUUGUGCUACUACUUGGAUGUCGUCAGUUUGUCUCUGCACGUGAAAUCGGUGUUUACGCCACUGCCAUGUUCCCCAGAGUGAUCUUGAAGGGAACAAUGUUUAAAAAGUCUCAACAGAAGAAAAGAACUUCACCUUGCAACUACAAGGAAAGGUUUUUUGUGUUGGAUACCCAAGAUCUGAGGUAUUCUGAGCGUCGUCCAGGGAAAAAACCCAUGCUGAAAGGUUGCAUCCAGCUGUCCAGAAUUAAGUGUGUGGAGCUCGUGUGCAGUGAUGUUCCCAUACCCUGCAGCUACAAGUACCCUUUUCAGGUUUUUCACGACAACCAUUAUCUGUACAUUUUUGCUCCAGACAACGAUUGUCGCCAGAGGUGGGUCAAAGCUCUGAAAGAAGAGACAAAGUGUAACAAUUUAGUUGCAAAAUACCACCCAAAUUUCUGGAUGGAUGGAAAAUGGAGAUGCUGCCACCAAACAGAGAAACUGGCAUUAGGCUGUCAUGAAUAUGACCCCGUCUACUGUGCCACAAAAAGGCUCCUCCCUGAAAUUCCAGAUUCAGAGAGAGGACUGUACAGCACAGGGCAGAUGAUGGUCAUCGCUCUGCAGGACUACACUCCUCUCGGGGAAGAUGAUUUGCCUCUUCAGAAAAACCAGGAAUACAUCGUCAUUAACAGGUCCCACGCUGACUGGUGGACCAUACAGGAUGACACGGGGAGAACUGGUUUUGUGCCCAGCACGUAUGUAGCUGAAAAAUCUGGCAACAACUUUCAGAGAUUUGAAUGGUACAACAAAAACAUAACCAGAGGCCAAGCGGAGGAUUUGUUAAUGAGAGAGGGAAAAGAAGGUGCAUUCAUGGUGCGUGACUCAAGCCAGGCUGGAGUGUACACAGUGUCAGUGUUCACCAAAGCACCAGGGUCUAAUGGAGAGAAGAAUCCAAGAGUGAAACAUUACCAAAUUAGACAGAGGGACACAGAAGAGUCUUCUUAUUACUUGGCAGAGAAGUACUUAUUCAACACCAUUCCUGAGCUCAUCCAUUACCAUCAGCACAAUGCUGCAGGUCUGAUAACACGUCUGAGACACCCUGUCCCCAAAGACAGAGGCUGCACACAGGAAAUUAAUGACCUCUCCAAAGAUCAGUGGGAAGUGGAGCCAGAGGAGCUGAGUCUGGGACAGGAGUUAGGCAGCGGCCAGUUCGGGGUGGUGGUGGAAGGACGAUGGAGGGAGAGGAAGGUGGCAGUGAAGAUGAUAAGAGAAGAGGGAAUGUCAGAUGAGGAAUUUAAAGAGGAGGCAAGAAUCAUGAUGAGGCUGUCCCACUCUAAGCUGGUGCAGCUGUACGGGCUGUGCACCAACCGUUCUCCAAUGUGUCUCGUAUUUGAGUUCAUGGAGAACGGCUGUUUGUCAGACUACCUGCGUACCCGGAGAGGCCAUUUGUCUCGGGAGAUGAUGCUGGGGAUGUGUCUGGAUGUCAGCGAAGGAAUGGCUUAUCUGGAGAGCUCCAAUUUCAUCCACAGAGAUCUGGCUGCAAGGAACUGUUUAGUUUCUAAGAACCAUGAGGUGAAGGUGUCUGAUUUUGGUAUGACCAGGUACGAACAACAGAUGGAUCUGAACUGAAGGGCCCAGACGAACUCUCAGGUGGAAGACCUGAGGCAGGUGCUCCAUGCUGCAGUCUUCAUGUGAAAGGCCCACUGACAGCGUGGACGACCCCUGCCUGUGGUGCUGACGCCUAUGUGGCUACACCUAUGAGUGCAAAUGAAGGUCGACUGCGGCAGUUGCAAAACGGACUAUGCUCGAAAACCCAAUCACCCCGCUAUCUUCCCCUCCCCUCCCCAACUAACUGGUACUGUGCUGGACGUCUGCGUGGACUUCAUAAUUCUCAAAAAUUUGAUGUUCCUCUGUAAUGUUUUUUAUUAGUAUGACCUAAGCAGUGGGUCACCCCUUUGAGUCUGGACUGCUUCAGGUUUCUUCCUCAGAAUUAUCAGAGGGAGUUUUUCCUUACCAAUGUCACCUGUGUGCUUGUUCUAUGGUUUGGUAAGGCUAGAUCUUACUUGUGUGAAGUGCCUUGAGGCAGCUCUGUUGUGAUUUGGUGCUUUAUAAAUUAAGUAAAUAAAUUAUGGUUGCUUUCGAUAGGGAGGGUUGAGUCGGUUGUCUGCCUGGUAUGGUUGCCAUCCAGCACCAGGGUCGGUGUAAUGGAUACAGUGACCCCAGCUCAUGUUCUCAGACAUGAAGCAAUAGAUGGGAAGAAGCAAUUAGAUGUACGUUAAGAUCACUCAGUGAUCAAGAUUAAAAGUCAAGGUCAGAUUCCUGGACCAACACGAUUAUAUAGGGGAAAAGGCUAAUUAUAUGGAAAUAAGUUAAAAUCAAAAUAAUAGCUGUUGUUGUUGUAAUUGAUUUGGAGUGUUUAAAAGCCAAGGUGUGCGUGCAUGCAUUGUAUUGCAGAUUUGUUCUUGAUGAUCAGUACACAAGCUCCCACGGCUCCAAGUUUCCUGUUAAGUGGUCGGCUCCAGAAGUCAUCAAAUACUCCAAAUUCAGCAGCAAGUCCGACGUUUGGUCAUUUGGUUUGUAUCUGUCCACCUCUG